UCUAGCACGCAGCCUUCGAAACGAGACACAGCCUGACUUCGCUUGACUGAACCAAGUUCUUUGUGUUUUUCGUAGUUUUGAAUCUGAUCUAUCCUCGCACUUUAAAUUGUCCCUCACCAGUGUCCGUAGUAAACAGUUAUGGCUUCCUCCGAAACGCAACCUCGCUUCGGUCAAUCUGUGAAAGGGUUACUGUCGGAUAAGGUCACUUCUUGCAGUGGAGAUGUGAUCGCUCUAACUCGUCAAGUGUUAAAGGGAUCCCGGAGCCAAGAACUGCUUAGUCAGGCAGCUAGAAAUAUGGUAAUUCAAGAAGAUGCAAUUUUGCACUCUGAAGAUAGUCUACGGAAAAUGUCUAUUAUAACGACCCACUUGCAAUAUCAGCAAGAAGCCAUUCAAAAGAAUGUAGAACGCUCAAAAAACCUGCAGGACCAGCUGAAACAUUUGAUGAAAUAAUGGAGCUGUGUGCAUACACAAGCCUCCUUCUCUGAUUUUUAAUUGGUUUUCAACAGUAGAUCAAACACUUUGAAACGCACACUGCUCACAUUAUUUGAGACUUUCUGAGAAUUACUCAUAUUGCAAAGCAGUUAUACUUUCAAAAGAUACAUAGACUUACCUCCUCCUGUCCUGUAUGACCUACUUUUGGGUGGUCGUUUCAAAACAGCCGCAAGACCUUCAAGUGAAGGCUUUUCUGUUAGAGAUUGUUUCCAGGGUUCAUAUUUGUCUUUUUGUAUUGGUAUAAAUACAACGUGCAAGGUUUUUUUGUCUGAUUUUUAAGCAUUGAUUUGCUUAAGAACAUUUACUUUUAAAUCUUGCUUAAAGAAAGGUCCCAUUCACUGUUUAACAAAUGUGUAAAAAAAAAUUUUGUGGUAUAAAUGUGUAUGUCUUGUUUUAUGGUGUUUUUGUUGUGCCAUAUUUAUUUGAACAUACAAUGUUUGUAUGAAAUUUCACUCAAAAACAUUUCUGCAUGAUUUGUCAGUUAAUUAAUGAAGGGUAUUUUUCUGUCAAAGCUUGGAUUAACUUCAUAAAAUGUAUGUGGACAAGUAAGACAAAUGGAAGAAACGUGUCCUUUGGCAAGUGCAGCACAGGGAUACAUAAUAAAGUGUAUCCCACAUGCAAUAUCAGCAGCUCCUCUGCAAGGGCAAGCAGAUGGAUGUCCUAGAGCGAGGCCUUGAACUCCUUUGGAUUCGGCUACAAAGUUUUGAAUUAUGUCUGCAAGACGUGCGCAUAGAUUUUUACAUGAGAGUCAAAAUAUAAGUAUGAGGAUAAAAGUCUACAAUUGUUUCAUUGUAACAUCAGAUGGAAAUUUCAUUUUUUCCCUUGAUAAUAAUUAUAGACAGUGAUGAAAAAUAUUAUUCAAGCAAAAUUGUUGCAUGUGCAGCAGGUAUACGGCUAAUAAAGGCCAAGCAUUAAUUUUAAGUGCUUGAUAAGUGGUCUUGUACUCUGCACGUCAGCGCGUUCAUACUCACAAGAUCAUGGGAGCUAGUAUUGCAAACCUUGAGCUGGAAAGAAUGUUCUGUACCUCCCUUAGUUCAACUUAUCAGUGCCCAAGGUUUCUAAUAAUGCACUCUUAUAACCCACAAUUAUGUGGUAGUUUAAAAGCAAGUCCUGAGUUAGGCAUUAGUAUUACUCUGUGUUUUUGUAAAAAGAUAAUGUCUUUUGUCCUUAAACAUCCAAGAUAUGGAUAUUCUUUGAAAAUUGUUGACAACUUUUUCAGUUGACUACUGUGUGAAACAUUCACAGCAAUCUCUCAGUGCAGUUGAUUUUUUUCAGUUUGUAAAUCAAAUAGAUUUUUGUUUAUUAUUUUAUUAAUUUAGGUUUAGAAAGAUCAGUACUGGUGACAGUUACAAAUAUGCCACUGAGAGUUGCAGAGUGUAAAUAAUCAAACAUGUUUCUGUAAUUAUAUCUCAUUGUAUAAUAAAUUAAAAAUAUUUACAGAAUUAAGCAUGGUU